AUGGCGCAGGACAAUGUCAGUUACCAUAAGAACACCAACUUCUUGGACUCUGAGUUUCGCUACAGUCUCUUUCCAGUCUUCUAUGGUCUGGUCUUUGUCUUGGGUCUGGUGGCAAAUUUGUAUGUUCUCUUUGUCCUCCAUCACAUGCGUGAGGCCAAGGCCAUGAACGAGAUCCGGAUUUACAUGACUAAUCUGACGGUGGCUGAUUUGCUCUUCAUUUCUGCUCUCCCACUCUGGAUCGGCUACUACAGUAACCAUGGUGACUGGACCUACUCAGAUAUCCUCUGUCGCAUCACUGGCACGAUGUUUUUUGUCAACACAUAUUGUUCCAUACUCUUCCUCACUGUCAUCAGUGUCAACCGCUACUGGGCAGUUACCAGGCCUUUGGUGGCUGCCUCUUCAGACUGCUGGCGCCGUGGUACAGUUAUCUCAGCAGUUGUUUGGGUUGUCAUUCUGUCAGCUGCUGCAAAUUAUCUCAGGGAGCCUGGAGUGCAAGUAGACAACAUUAAUGGGACGAACAUCUCCCGAUGCUUCGAGGGCUUCCACAGGGACACAAAUGAAACGAGGAAAGAGGUGGCAACGUAUCACUUUGUGAUUAUUGGCCUGUUUUUUGUAGUCUUCCUGCUGGUGGUGGUAUGUAAUGUGCUAAUCGCGAAAGCCUUGUUAGCUCAGCCAAUGACGCAGGCACGGGCAAGCACCAGCAAGCGUCCAGCAGGUACCAAACGGCGAGCCCUGCGGAUGCUGUGUGCUGUAGUGUCCGUGUUUGUCAUUUGCUUCCUGCCACAUCACAUGGUGCAGGGGCCCUGGACACUAGCUGUGUUGGAGCUUUCAAGCUGGGAUCAGAACAUAAGACAGAGGCUUAAUGAUGCUCAUCAGAUAACCCUGAUGCUCAUGGGAUUCAAUUGCCUGUUGGACCCUGUGGUAUACUGCUUUGCUACCAGAAAAUUUAGAAAGUACAUUCAAGACCACUUCCAGAAGAUAUGGAGGAACAAUGGAUGCCCAAACCAAACAACUACCAGCAAUGUGUCCAUGAAGAGCAGGAACCAGAGUGAACUCAUCCACGAUGAAGAGAAGUUGGAGGGACAAAUAGAAUGA